AUGACAGAACGGAAGAGAGACCGAGCGCAGAAACCCGCGGGCCACAUUGCACCCGAGCCAGCAGUGCCGCCGCCCUACGCCCACACGGAGCCAGGGGUGGGCGGGGCCAGGCAAGACCCCAGAAAGACCCCUAAAAGGACCCCAGAAGACCCCCAAAGGAUUCCCGAAAAAAAAACGACUCCCAGGACCCCCAAAAGACCCCAGAACGACCCCGAAGGAUUCCAGAAAAACAGCACUCCCAGAAGGACCCCGAAGGAUUCCAGAAAACCCCCAGAAGGACGCUCAGAAGUACCCCCCCCCGAAGGAUUCCAGAAAGACCCCAGAAGGACCCCAGAAAGACCCCGAUCCCCGUAG